AAGGAAAACGAACGGGCAUUAGAUGAUGAACGAAGUCGUCAUGAGGCUGAGCUGGAUGCCAUGAGCAGGCGCCACCAAAAGGUGGUGAUCGCAAUGGACGAAAAAAUUGCCGAAGGGGAAAAACUGAUUGAGAAAUUGAUUGUCGACAAAAAAACCUUGCAGACCGCCUUGGCUAAUGACAGUGAUCAGCGUAAUCAGAUGUUGACCAAGGAGAUCAACUCCUUGCAAACGGCAUUGGAAUUCAAGAGUUGCGAAAUGAAAGAACUGCGCCAGAAAUAUCAACAGGUGGCGUUGAGAGUGGAAGAAAUACCUGUUAAAGAGCUUGAAAUAACGAAACUGAAGCACAAAGUGAUCGAAUUGAAGCAGGCCCUCGACCAGAAACUUACCUACGAGAAGAUGUUGGUGCAUCAAAACGAAGAAUUGAAGCGACAGCAAUUGGCAAUUGAGGAGGAACGUGAGAGUAUGCAGAGGAGUUUUGAUGUGAUGGUUUAUCGAUAUGAGACGGGUGACGACGUGGAUUCGACAACGCCUGCAGGACAGAAACAGAAACCGAGUAAAGUGCAAUUCCGGUCGAGAUCGAGUAAUUCAGACCGGCCGCAAUCGAGUGAUAUGGAUCGUUCGACUGAUCGUGACUCGUUGAUUCGAUCCACGGUGUCUAUGUAUGCGUCACAAGUACAACUACCUUAUAAUCAUGCCGAGGACGUCAUCUAUGCUCCAGACGAAAUUAUUACUGUGAAUAUGAUCCCUAAUAUCAAGAAUACUAGAGACCCAAUAUUUCAACUCGAAGAUUCUGUACCAUUGCCUAAGACGCAAGCCAGUGACUGA